CUCUGAAAAGCUUCUAUUCAGCGAACUUCGCUAAACAAGUACCAUCGCAAAGCUUUCUCUUCUGCGCAAACUUCGCUCUCAACUAAAACUAUCUCAUACAAAUUAAGGAUGAUUAACACGAAACAUUAAUAUUCUAGAAUACAAGAUAUUUCUAAUUGUCACGAAUUUCUCGAUAGAACGUGCACCCUUCAAAAGGAAAAGCUAUGCGAAUUAUGAUAACACAAUAGACAAGACAAUCAGGGUCCGCCCAGCCGUUUAUUGUCUUGUAAAUCGUUCUUCUCUCAAUAUUUUUGAUGUAUCAAAACUGAGUUUUCAAGUUAAUUACCUUGUCCAUUUCACUCGCAGGAGCUGGUCAAUUUUGAGAAACAAACCAAACACUUUAAGGCAGGCUUAGCAACUCGGGUAUAUAUUUCACAGCGUCUGAUAUUCUACUUUAAAUACUCCAUUGAUAACAAAACUACUACUGCCAUAACUUAAGAAUCACACAAUUUUACCCGCGUCAAUCCUAACUUUAUAAAGCAACGCCAAUUUCCAUUAGAGGAGUCUUGGAGCGCAGGCGGUGUAAACUAAAAUCACGUUUUGAUUGGAAGAAAGCAUUCAUAAAUCUCUCGAAAGUCUACAAGAAAAACGCGUCGGUUCUAAAGUCAAGACCAACUGUAAUGGCCAGGAAGAGACUCGGGUUUUUUUUGCUUCUACCCCUAAUCUUUUCACAAUGUGAAGCUAAAGAAACACUUUACAUCGGAGGACUGUUUGGUAUCGACACAAGUCGCGGUGGAUGGAACUCGGCAGGAAUCAUUCCCGCCGUUCAGAUGGCUAUCGACGAAAUAAACAACAACAACGAGGUUCUUAAGGAUUAUCACCUAAAACUUUUGAUCAAGGAUUCUGAGUGCAAUGUUGGCGAGGCUGUCCGCAGAACUUUGGAGUACAUAUCAUCUGGGAAACCCAAAAUCAUGUUUCUAGGCCCUGGAUGCUCUAAAGCUGCAAUGCCAGUGGCGGAGGCCAUUCACUACUGGAACAUUGUACAUAUUGGCUUCUCAAAUUCUUCCCCGUUCCUAUCGUCAAAAGACGUGUUUCCCCUUUACUUUCGAAUCAACCCCUCAGAGACGUUCUCCAAUCUGGGGCGAAUUGCGAUUCUCAGACGAUUCAACUGGAAGAAAGUUGCCAUCCUACAACAAAACAACGACGUUUUCACAGGAAUCAGUAACUCUCUAGUUGAUUUGCUGAGCGCUGCUAAUCUAACCGUCCUUGCCUACGAGAGUUACAAAGAUCAUCCAAAGUUAGCCAUAGAGAACCUGAAGAAGAAAGAUGUCCGUAUCAUCUUUGCGUUUUUCUAUCCAGAUCAGCAUUAUGUCACAUUUUGUGAGGCCUUUAAGCAAGGUAUGUAUGGACCGAAAUAUGUGUGGAUUUUGAUCUCUGGUCGAAAUCAGGACAAUUGGUGGAAAAUACAAAGUCCUCUUGUGGAUUGUACUCCGGAGGAAGUACGAAAAGGCCUAAGUAACAACAUCGGAACUGGAGAAAUAAAACUCAGUCCUCUCUCGGGACCAACAAAAUUUGGAAAGACGCCCCAAGAACUCUACGCUGAUUAUCUACAACGCCUCAGCAACUCGGGAUAUUCAGAAAAUACGUUUGCUUCUUAUGGAUACGACGCGGCCUGGGCAUGUGCAAUGACUCUCAACGCAUCGAUUGAUGUCUUGGAAAAACAGAACUUCAAACUGAAUGAAUUCAACUACAGCCUUCCUAACGUGAGCAAAGUCUUUGUCCACAUAAUGAAGAGAAUGUCAUUCGCUGGAAUGACAGGUCAGGUGAAGUUCGACAGCAAUCAUGACCGUAUAACAAAACUGGAGGUCCGACAAAUACAAGGAAACACCGAACGCAGAGUUGCUUUCUACGACAUGGAAAAUGACACUUAUGAAGAGGAUAACAAUAGUAAUUACUUGUGGGACGGUGGCAAAGUCCCCGUCGAUGGUCUAAGAAUAAAAGAAAAGCUGGAAGGAGUUGAUUCAGGGGUGUUGUGGUUUGUUAUCGUUGUAUCAAUUCUCGGAGUUCUGAUGGCCAUCGGAUUCCUCAUAUUCAAUGUAUACAACCAAAAUAUCAGGUACAUUAAAAUGUCGUCACCUAAUCUUAAUAACCUGAUUAUAGUCGGUUGCAUACAUGUCUAUGUGGCGGGUGUACUGUUUGGCUUAAACAAAGAACAAGCAAGUUAUUUGUGCCAGUUGGAGUUAUGGAUUGUCGUGAUUGGAUUCAGCUUAGGCUUUGGAGCGAUGUUGAGCAAAACCUGGAGAGUUCAUGUAAUAUUUCUCAAUACUAAAACUGCGAAAAGGGUUAUCAUACGGGACCGUCAGUUGUUUGGCAUGGUUGCUGUUCUUCUUUUAAUCGAUUUCAUAAUUCUCGUCACGUGGCAGAUUGUCGACCCAGUGACAAGCAAAGUGGAAAACUUGACGUUGCAGGUAUCACUGGAAGAUGACACUGGCAUACAACCGUACAUAACCAUGUGUACCUGCGAUAACAUAACGAUUUGGCUAGCUUGCAUUUAUGUGCAUAAAGGCCUGUUGUUAUUAUUUGGAGCCUAUUUGGCUUGGGAAACCCGCAAAGUGCAUAUUCCCGCUUUAAAUGACAGCAAGCUGAUUGGCUUGUCCGUCUAUAACGUCAUCAUUCCUUGUAUCCUCGUCAUUCCUAUUCUUGGUGUUGUCGCUGACCGACCUACUGUCCAGUUUGGGUUGUCCUCGUUCCUUACCAUCUUCUGUACUUCAUUUACUUUGGGUCUUGUUUUCGUUCCAAAGAUAAUGUUUUUAAGAACCGCAGACGGUAACAGUGUUUCAACCGCCACCGGUUUAACCAUAGAAGGUGGACAAAUGUCCACAAAGGUGGAACCAAAACAUGCUUCCAAAGCAAGCGAGGAGGACGCAAGAGAAACAGAAGAAUGACUUAUCAUGUGAGAGUUAAGAGAAACAAGAGUCUUAGAACAGUAUAAAAAAUCAUGUUUGACUCAAUAGCAGUUGCUAUUCUUCGUGAAAAAUGUUUCUUGGAAAAUUUCUUAAAAUGAGCUGAGUUAAGAAUUUCUCUUGCUUCAAGAAGUGCAUGGGAGAAAAGAAAUGAUAAGUCUUGGUGCCUGACACUUGUUUAACUCUCGUAAGAAAUUUAAGCUGUAUUAAAUUAAAGCGCUAAGCAGCGGAAACAAGCCAACAAAACAAAAAUGUUUCAUUGAUUAUCUCUUGUUUCAUUUGGAGACAUGGUAAUACUUUCAUAGACUACUACGACUUUAGAAUAGAAUACUACGGUAAUAACCAGUCGAGUGCAAUACUGGAAGAGGUUCGUAUUCACCCAGGACUUGCAGAUGCCACUGUUAAAGUCUACUAAAGACUAAAAAAUCAACUAUUCUGAGCAAAAGACAAAUUAUUUCUUAAAAUGAAGUGGAAGCUUCCCUUCCACUGUAAAAAGACCCUAAACUUAACGAGGAAUGUAAAGUAGAAGUACCAAUGCAGUCUUUCAAAGCAGAUUUUGUAUUAUGUAUUUAUCAAUUGUCCAUUAGGAUGUUUGGAAAUAAAGUCAUA